GUGAUGGAGAGGUCUGUACCGCUGCUUCUGCUGGGUGUGUGGGCGCUCAGCAGCCUGUCCCAACAAUCGGUGGAGGUGAUCGAACAAUGUCCAGAGAGGAUUCUGGGUAACAAAAGGAGUCAAACAUGUCUCAAAAAGUGCCAACAAGACAAAGACUGUGGCAACAAGCGCCAGUGUUUGUGUGAUGGACAGUGUGGACUCAGCUGUGUGGUUCCAGGUCGGACGUGUCCAUGGCCUCUUACCCCCGGUGAUCACUCUGACGUGGUUCUCCUCUCUGCAUCACUGUCUUUCUCUGCUCUUCUGGAAGUGCGCUGUCAUCCAGGUUACUCCACGGCCCAUGGACUGAAUGCUACUAUCCGCCGGUGCCAAGGUGACCAACAGUGGAGUGGUAAUGAACCCGUGUGCAGAGGUCAAAAUAUUAAAUCAGAGACAGAGUCUGGGGUAUCUUGCCCUCUGCCCAGUCAUGAGCUGCUGUAUGUGAAUGGCAGUGCUGCAGUAGGUGCCACAAUUCAGUACCAAUGUGCACCUGGAUUCAUGCUGGUUGGAAACAGUGAAAAUGUUUGUCAGGAGAACCAGACAUGGCAGUUUCCACAUCCCAUCUGUCAACUGUGUGUGUGUGUGUGUGUGUGUGUGUGUGUGUGUGUUUGUCUUGUAGGUGUGUUUUGUUUACCACCAGUGGAGGUCAACCAUGGCUACUUGGUGGCUGUGCAGAAGUCUAAAUAUAACGUGGGUGACUCCAUUUAUUACCUCUGCAAGAAGACUUUUUUACUGGAUGGACCAAACCAAGUUACCUGUCAGUCAGAUGGCACAUGGAGCACAGUGCCCUACUGUCGAGCCCGCUGUACAAUCCCAGCACAGCGCAGCAGAGUGAUCGUGGAUGGAGUUAAACGUUGGCCCUAUGACUUGACAGAUGGGAUGGUAACUCAUGGGGAAAAUGUAACAUUCUUCUGCAAACACCCACACAAGUACUGCAGUUUAACAGCUACAGAAAGCUGCUUUGAUGGACAUCUACCGGCACCCAGCUGCUACCUCGACCCCACAUGGUUCCAAUAUCAGCUCUACCCUCACCGGCUGGUAUCUGAGAUUAACCCGUGUGAUCCUGCUGACCUGCUGUAACUAAAUUACAUCAGUGAAGUUCAUACAGAAAUUCACAGUGUUUAAACUUCUCAUUACAGGCUUGUACAAGAUAUACAUGGAUUAUUUUAUGUAAAGCGAUGUCACUAUGUAACUGAUUUAAAAAUAAACAAAAUAAGCAAAUCAGAAUGAUAUAAUCAUCAUACAUCAUAAAGCACUGUUGUCGGUUUAGCUAAUUUUAUAUUGC